AUUUAGCAGAGGCUCCGCCAGAAGAAGAAGAAGAUAAUAUUGAUGGGUUCAGAGACAUUCCUUGAAGUGAUACUAGCCAUUCUCCUCCCACCUGUUGGGGUUUUCCUUCGUUAUGGCUGUGGGAUUGAGUUCUGGAUCGAUUUGUUACUGACGAUAUUGGGUUACAUUCCUGGAAUUAUAUAUGCCGUCUACGUACUGGUUGGAUAGCCUAGCGUGUGUGUAGGAGUGGAUCUUCAUGUUAAGUGG